UUGCAGAAUGAAGAAUGCAAUCACAUUUCAGACGACCCUGAAGCUUUGGUGAUUCUCCUCUAUCAUAUAGACAACUUUACCCCGGAAACCAAGCAACAGUUGCUUACGGCAUCGGCCGCACAAAUCGCUGCUGUUUCGCAAAUGAGGCCCUUUGUUGGCUUGCUACCAUCGAUAUUCAAGAGAGUAAUGAAGAUUGCCAUGAAUAAUUUGGCGGGGACGGGUAACGCGUUCAGUGUUGCUCGGGCGAUCAUCUUAUGGACUGCAGAAAAUCAACAUCGUGAUUUGGCGAUGUCGCUUCUCAAGCAAAUCACAAUCGAAAGUCUUUCAAACGCAGACGCUCACACUCUACAGCGAUUGGCUGUUGAAUCUGGCCUGGAAUGCGUGGCAGCGCUGAUUUUCAGUCGAUAUCACGUUACCUUCUCGCUCGACGCUUGUUCCAUGAUGAAGCGGAAUCCUCAAGGACGACUACAUACAUUAGCGAACAGCAUGCCGUAU